UUAAAAACCUGAUGCAGCACUGUAAAGCGCGAGCGCUUGUGAAAGAUUCGUGGAGCAGCUCACUUUGCUUGUCGGCGAGACGGCGAUGUGUCAGGAGGAAAUGGAGGGCGGCGGCGGCGGCGGCGGCUCCGGAGGGGAGCAGCGGGACCAGGAGACCCUUGAAUCGGUGAGGUCGGCGUUGUUCAAGACAUCCAUAUCCUUGGACGAGAAGCGAUUCCGCAAGAUCGCCGGCUACGACUUCAACCAGGGGUUGGACCUCCUGGGUCUCCUCGGCUCCUUUUCUAGCACCGGGUUUCAAGCUUCCAACCUCGGAGACGCCAUCGAGGUCGUCAAUGAGAUGAUAGAUUGGAGGCUCUCCCAUGAAGCGCCCACGGAAGAUUGUGGUGAAGAAGAGCGGAAUACUGCAUACAGGGAAUCGGUGGGUUGCAAAAUUUUUCUAGGAUUCACUUCGAACCUUGUAUCAUCUGGAAUUAGGGAGACCAUCCGAUUUAUUGUGCAGCACCACAUGGUAAUUUUCCCCCCAUUUUUAUGAAAAAAAAAGACCAUCUUGUUGAAAAUAACAGUUAAUUUUUUUUGGAACUAUCCGGUUAUAUUAUGAGUUAUGAUUCAGAAUCCACAAACGGCUAGUUCUUUUGUUUCUUGCAAACUUCGGAAUAAUGGAAAGAUGCAAGCAACCCAGUGUUUGCUAUAAUUAUUCUCCUGUUCUGUAGUUUUGCUUUCAUUGUCCACAGAGAAAUAGUGACAAGAUGUGUUUAUUACAACUAUUUGAACUUGGCUUCAUGGAUCUUAUUCAACCAUUACUCGCAAGGUUAUACCAUUCGUCGUAUUUGAAUAUCGUAAUUCAUUUUUUACUAUGUUAACUGGAGUUUCUUUUAUCUCGUGCUAUCCCUCACCCCUUCAACUCUGAUAUUUCAACUUGUCUAAUCACAAAAUGUGUUUGUUAUUUAUUAGCACUGCUAUUCUACUGAACAUAGUUUCUCUUAUUAUAUCAUUUAUUAGUUUAUUCUGAAUAGUAGCAUUUUUGUUUUAUCUUUUUAACAAUCUAAAUGUUUAUUUUAGCACUCUUUCUAUGUACUUUACGUGUCUAUUUGAUGUGAGCCAAGAAGAGGCAUUGAAGGGAAUUGGGGGACCCAUGACAAGGUCCAAGACUAAGAGAAUGAAGCAAGCUUUGGAAGGCUUAAUAAUGAGGCUCAAGGAAAAGGAGGAUCAAUGCACAAUGGAGGCAACAACUAGGUUGAAGUUUUGGUGACAACUGCUGGUGGCAUAGAAGAAGACAUAAUCAAGUGUCUCGCCCCAACUUAUAAGGGUGACUUCUCUUUGCCAGGGGCUCAUCUACGUUCCAAUGGAUUGAAUCGAAUUGGAAACUUGUUGGUGCCUAAUGACAAUUACUGCAAAUUUGAGGAUUGGAUUAUGCCAAUUCUGGACCAAAUGUUACUUGAACAGACUACAGAGAAUGUAGUAUGGACUCCUUCAAAAGUGAUUGCUCGUCUCGGCAAAGAAAUUAAUGAUGAAAAUUCAUACCUUUACUGGGCAUACAAGAAUGGUGUUUCUGUCUAUUGUCCGGCAUUGACUGAUGGAUCACUGGGGGAUAUGUUGUAUUGCCAUUCAGUCCGGCAUCCUGGUUUGCAUAUAGAUAUUGUGCAAGACAUUCGAGCUAUGAAUGGAGAAGCCGUACAUGUGGGUCUGAGAAAGACCGGAAUCAUUAUUCUAGGUGGGGGCCUCCCGAAGCACCAUAUCUGCAAUGCCAACAUGUUCCGUAAUGGAGCAGAUUAUGCUGUUUAUAUCAACACUGCACAAGAAUUUGAUGGAAGUGAUUCAGGUGCUCAGCCUGAUGAGGCAAUCUCAUGGGGAAAAAUAAGAGGUUCUGCUAAAACAAUUAAAGUUCACUGCGAUGCAACUCUUGCCUUCCCCCUACUUGUUGCUGCGACAUUUGCAAGGAAGUUUCACAAAAUAGCAAACAUCGAACCAUGAUUCGGUAUGAUUUCCGAAUCUGAAUAUCUGGAGUCGAGAGCAUGCAGAAGGUUUUUCAAAAACUCCAGCUGAUUUACCUGAUUUUGUUCCUUUGUCUCAUUGUAUUGCUGAAACAGUAGGAUUUAUAUGCCACUUGUAUUUGUUAGCAAACUGCUCAUGCUUGUUCUUGUUCUUGAUACAAAAUUUACCCAUUUAAGUUGGGUCUUGUUUGGA